CCGAAUCGUACGCGGGAAAUUAUUUCCACUUCUCAUCUGGACGACGGAGGUGUUUUAAAGGCGGGUAAAAUGAAGGUGGAGACGUGUGAAAUUGCGUGGCACAACAAGGAGCCGGUGUACAGUCUGGACUUUCAGCACAGCCCGGAGGCUCGAUUUCACCGGCUGGCCACGGCUGGAGUGGACACCACAGUCAGGCUGUGGCGGGUGGACUUGGGUCCAAACGGGAAGGCGGUGGUGGAGUUUCUGUCGAACUUGGCCAGGCACACCAAAGCUGUCAACGUGGUUCGCUUCAGUCCCAACGGAGACCUGCUUGCUUCAGGCGGAGACGAUGCAGCGAUUCUGCUGUGGAAGCUCAAUGACUGUAAGGAGCCCGAGCAGCCCCUCGCGUACCAGGAGGAAGAAGACGCCCAGCUCAACAAGGAGAGCUGGUCCGUAGUCAAGACUCUGAGAGGACACAUAGAGGAUGUGUACGAUAUCUCCUGGUCGAGAGAUGGAAAUUUCAUGGUGUCCGGAUCUGUUGACAACACCUCCAUCAUGUGGGACGUCAUCAAAGGACAGAAGUUGUGCAUCUUGAACGACCAUAAGAGCUACGUGCAGGGCGUCACCUGGGACCCCCAGGGCCAGUAUGUCGCCACGCUCAGCUGCGACAGGUUUUUGCGCGUGUACAACACUCACACAAAGAAGAAGGCUUGCUUUAUCAGUAAGAUGAGCUCGGGGCCCAUUGGAGAGGGAGAGGUCAAGCAGCACCGAAUGUUCCACGACGACAGUAUGAGGUCUUUCUUUCGCCGGCUGACGUUUACACCAGACGGGUCGUUCCUGCUCACCCCAGCGGGAUGUGUGGAGGUUGGAGAAAACAUCAUAAACACCACAUAUAUCUUUUCAAGGAAAAGUCUGAAGAGGCCUAUUGCUCACUUGCCAUGUCCAUCAAAAGCCACGCUGGCCGUGCGCUGCUGCCCGGUUUACUUUGAACUCAGAACCAAAAAGGGAGAAGAUGGCUCGGUCGAGGCUCUUCCCAACAUAUUCCAGCUGCCGUACCGUAUGGUUUUUGCGGUGGCCUCCGAGGACUCCAUCCUCCUGUACGAUACGCAGCAGAGCCUCCCGUUCGGCCUGGUGUCCAACAUCCACUACCACACGCUCAGCGACCUCACGUGGUCUGGAGACGGUUCCUUCCUGGCUGUGUCGUCCACGGACGGCUACUGCUCCUUCCUGUCCUUCUCCCCCGGCGAGCUGGGGACGCCGCUGAAGGAGCCGCCCCCCGUGGAGGUCUUUGUUCCAAACAGCGGCGUAGAGAAAAAGGGCAAGAAGUCCUCCGCGGCCAGGAACUCGUCCCCCGGGUCCCAGGCGUCCAACGCAGCCCCGGGUGCCACGCCCCAGUCCAACCAGGGCAAAGACGCGCCGACCCCGCCGGAGGACAAGAAGAGUACCCCUAAGGUGAAAGCCAACCCGCAGCCCCGUAGGAUCACUCUGAACACCCUGGAGGGCUGGGGGAAACCCUCUACCCCUAAAGCCUCGGCCUCCCCGGGGGCUGGAAGUGCACCGUCCACUCCCCAACCUCAUGCAGCCCCCGCCACCCCCGGCAGCUCCUCCAAAACCCAGCCACGCAUCACUCCCCUCACCCCCUCCACACCGAAGGUCUCCAACGCUGCUAAAACGCCUGGAAACACCACCCCGAAAGGACCCACCCCGAAAGGACCCACCCCAAGGAGGGUGUCUUUGACUCCCAUCGCGUCGCGAUCUGCAGCCGGCGGUUCGCUCUUCAGCUCUCCUUCAGAGAAGGCCAAACAAGCGCGCUCCUCUCCGCCCAGCGACCCGGUCUGCCAGCCUCCAGAGUCCAAACGACCCAAAACCAGCGACACCCCGGAGAAGCCCGGCGAGAGCCGGGACCAGCCGUGAAGGAGGCAGGAGACGCGUGGAACAUGUUCUGGUGUUGAAUUUGACUCUAGUUGCUGCUGCAUAGCUCGCAUGUAGUCAGUUAGGUAUAAAUUUAAUCCCUUCACUUUUGGGUUUGAGUCCUGUGUAUCAUACAAUAAACUGAUAAUUAUCUCUGUAUUAUAUUGUAUUAUGGUGACGUUUAAAGUCUUCAGUGUUGUUAAAAAGAAACAAGAUGAUGAAUCCGGCAAAAAAUCCGGAGGCAAAAGAAGCACUUCAGGACUUUGUGAGGUGGUUUUUUUUUUUUUUUUGAACAUUUAAGUCUGUAGCUAAAUGUUUAAUGAAUGAACCUCAAAUGUGUUAAAUAUCUGACUCACUGCCAUCAAAUAAAAGGA